GUGGGGAAUGCAUUAAACACUCAAAGGAAGGAAAUACGCAAGGCAAAUUCUCCGAGAGCAGUGAGGUGUCCGCUGGAUCCUCAAGCGGAGCACACUGUUGGUCGAAAUGGUGCCAAAAAGAGGUCGAUUAAUAGGGACACUAGAAAGAAAAAAAGCGUUGCCGUUGAUCGUGCUGGGGGCAAGCAGAACCAUGAAACUGUUGCUUUACCACGGCGGACUACCUGCCACAUUUUACUCGGUCGGUCGGUGGGGAUUUGACGAUGGAUCGACAUCAGCAUACGACUCGAGUGCAAGUGUUCGCGGGGUCAAGAGCGACCAAGAUGAUGUCGUGGGAGGCUCUGUUGGAUACGGGAAGUCCGGCAUCGUUUGUACAAGAAAGGUGGCGUUCAGGCGGUUGUGGCAGAGGGUGCCUCCGCACAUUCAAGACGUCCAUUUCGACUUCAAUGCGAAAAUGUGGGAGCCGGAGGACAUUGACAAACUAGUGCAGGACGGGGCAAGUCACGUGCGCGACCAGGAGAGGUUUUUCGAGCGCAUGGCCAAGUUCAACCUGAAACUGGCGCCCAAAAAGACGAACCUGGGGGUGAAGGUGGUGACGUUCUUGGGACAUCAAGUCACGGCGGAAGGGAUCGGGCCGGACCCGGGAAAGGUCAGACCGCUGGGUGAAGUGCCAAUGCCCACUAAUGUUAGCCAGUUGCGAUCGUUGUUGGGGUCCUUGUCGUACUAUCGAAAGUUCCUGAAGAACAUGUCGGCAUUUUGA